UUUUCAAACAGACCAGGUGGCGACCUACAACCCUGUCGGAAUGAAUCUUGGUUGAGUAUUUGUCCUUUUGGGCUCGUCUGCGUACUUUUUUUUCCCCUUUAUUGUUGUCUGGAUUAUGCCUGGAAUUUCUCCCCCUGGUGUGGAUCUUAUGGAACGGGAUCCUAAAGAAUGGAUUGUGCAGGGCUUGUUGCCUAUAGCAUGGACAACAUCAAACACAAGGAGCGGAUAACAUGCAGAACAUUAAAGGCCGACAUCUUUGCCGUAUUUGACAUCAACUACUAAAGCCACGGUUGCUAUGGUGACCUUUGCUGAGACCACAAAGAUCUCUCCUAUGGAGCUGCGCGAGCCAUCCUGCCUGACCACCACCUUCUCCCCGGGACUGCGGCGUAAAAACAUGCUUUGGCAGAAAGCCGUGAAGCACAUUAUCAUCCAGCAGGAGCUCAGCGCCCAGGUGGGCGUAGAGCCAGCACGCAAGAUCUUCGUGACGGAUGCCUACAUGGAAGACAUCAACAGACAAAUCCGCAGCAAGGCCUCGCGUGGAUUCAAGCGGCGCUCCUCUGCAUUCCGAGUCCACCCUUCCCAAAUCAGCAGCUCCAUGAGCACGCACCACAGCGCGAGAGGAUCCGGCGGCGAAUACGCCAGCGAUGCCGACUUCUUUGUCCACUGGGGCCGCAUUAUACACGGGAUUUACAUACCCACCCUGAGGCACACCUUUAAGUCGCGAGACCUGGAGAAACUCUACCAGCAACACUCCUCUCACCAAAGACGCAACUCCUUAGCCAUCACUAACGUCAUCGACGCCAUGGCCAAGCUGCAGAUCCUGGUUUUGUACCUGGCUCUGGCCCCGGAGGAUGUCAGGGACCCUCUACGAGGCUGUUUGACGUUCAUGUUCAUGGUGUUUGCAGUGGCGUUGUGUAUCGUGGUUUUGACCUACAAGGACUCUAUGUCGCCGCGGUGGCUUCAUUACGCCGGGCUUGCCAGCUGGCUGUCGCAGUCCACGCAGGUAUUGGGGGGAUUGGCGUACGGACUAGAAAAAGACCCGUCCUGGUACCUUUUGUUCUCGUUGUUCGCCACGUACACGCUGCUGCCGCUACCUCUUCUGUGGGCCAUGUGUGCUGGGUCGCUAACGUCUGCGUUGCAUCUUCUCGUGGAGAUCAUAUGCUACCGCAACAAUGCAGUACUUUUAAGGAAGGUGUUUGCCAAAGGCCUUCUGUACCUUGGUAUGAACACAGCUGGAUUCUUCAUUCACUACCUGACGGACCAUUCCCAGCGACAAGUAUUCCUAGAAACGCGGCGUUGCAUUGAAGGACGCCUGAAACUGGAACAGGAGAACCAGAGACAGGAGCGUCUCGUAUUGUCAAUCUUGCCAAGAUUUGUGGCCCUGGAAAUGAUCACCGACAUGAGUUCCCUGGAAGACGAGCUCAAUCCUCAAGAGUUUCACAAGAUUUACAUUCAUCAGUAUAAGGAUGUCAGCAUACUUUUUGCAGAUAUCAAGGGCUUCACUCUGUUAUCCAUGAACUUAUCAGCUCAGGAUUUGGUUCGAACCCUCAACGAGCUCUUCGGACGCUUUGACCGUUUGGCUGAGGAGCACCAGUGUCUGCGCAUUAAGAUACUCGGAGACUGUUACUACUGCGUGUCAGGAGUUCCAGAACCCCAACGUGCCCAUGCCCGUCACUGCGUCGAGAUGGGCCUGGCUAUGAUCAACACCAUACGGUCUGUACGGAAGCUGCUCCACUUCGACAUGGACAUGAGGAUUGGCAUCCAUUCGGGCUCUGUCCUGUGUGGGGUGCUGGGACUGCAGAAAUGGCAGUUUGACGUCUGGUCCUGGGAUGUGGGCAUCGCCAACAUGCUGGAGGCAGGCGGGAUACCAGGGCGAAUCCACAUCUCCAAGGCAACCCUGGACUGCCUGGAAGGGACCUACAAGACGGAGGAUGGACGAGGAGGAGACCGCAAUGACUUUCUGCGGCGACACAACAUCGACACCUUCUUCAUUUGUCCUCUGGCGGCGGACAGACAUGAAGACAACCACGACGAGGCCCCCAAAGUCCAGAAAACAAGUCGAGCUUGUAGCCAAGAAAUUCCAUUCGGGAGCGCCAUAGACAUGAAAAGUAUCUUGGCCUCGUUCACCAACGGAUCAUUACCCAACAUCUGGUCGUCUACCUCCAAGCAGAUCAAUGAACGCAUCAAUCAUGCCAUCGAGCUUCGCAGCAGUGAGCGCAUGCAUCAGGAGCACAUCACUCCGCUCUCUCUGGUCUUCAAAGACGCACACAUCGAGGAGAAGUUUUCCCAGAUGAGAGAUGAAAUGUUCAACUCCAACCUGGUCUGUUCCUUCAUCAUGCUCCUCUUCGUCAUGGCUGCCCAGGCGCUCAUCUCCGCUCCCAGGUUGUUCCCAGCCAUCCUCCAGUUCUCCCUGUUCCUGCUCACCUACACGCUGCUGCUGCUGCUGGUGUUAGCUGAGGAGUUCCGCUGGUGUCCAGCUCAACUGCAACAAUUCUGCUGCUGGAUCCAUGAGAACAACAGCGCUCGCAGCAUUCUCACCCUCCUCGCUAUUGUCAUCAACUUUGGCUUAGCCUCCAUGAACAUGGUGUGUUGCAUCGUGACGGACAGAGAAGAGUCUAAUGUGUCGGGCAGAGACAACAUAUCUUCACGCUCACUCACUUUGUGUACAUUCCCAGAGGUGUUUGUGUUGAGCGGCGUGAUCGCCAUGGUGACGUGCGCUGUGUUUCUACGUCUCAAUUCGCUGCUGAAGCUGGCUGUGUUGCUGCUGGCGGUGGCCGUCUACUCCUACCUCAUCCACCUGGCCUUCCUCUCCUUUGCACGCCAUGACAUGCUGCACAGGUCUCACUACGUCAGGAGGAAGUGGAUCGCCAUUCUUCUCCUGGUCAUGUUUAUUGUUGCUGUCUUCUACAAUGGACGCCAGUGGGAGGCCACCGCCAGGCUGGACUUCCUGUGGCGUCUGCAGGCCCAGCAGGAAGUGGAGGACAUGAGGGAGCUUCGGGAACACAACGAAUGUCUUCUGCACAAUAUUCUGCCCGUGCACGUGGCCCGACACUUCUUGGAGCGCAGCAAGAACGAUGAGGAACUCUACUCCCAGUCAUAUGAUGAAGUGGGAGUCAUGUUCGCUUCUGUUGCUGGCUUUAACGAGUACUUUGAGCAAAAAGAGGUCCGACAUGAAGGUGUGGACUGCCUACGACUGCUCAAUGAGAUCAUCGCUGGCUUUGAUGAGCUACUGGAGGAGUCGUACUUCCACUAUGUGGAGAAGAUCAAGACCAUCGGGAGCUGCUACAUGGCCGCCUCUGGUCUCGCUCCAGACAGACAGGUGUGCAUGGACGAAUGGAAUCACUUGAGCGAGCUGGUUCUGUUUGCCCUGGCCAUGCAGGAGACCUUGAAGGAGAUUAACAGGCACUCGGCCAAAGACUUUCAGCUCCGUGUCGGCAUCGCACACGGCCCAGUGGUAGCAGGUGUUAUCGGCGCCAGCAAGCCCCAAUAUGAUAUCUGGGGCUCCACGGUGAACUUGGCCAGUCGCAUGGACAGCACGGGGGUGAGCGGACGCAUCCAGGUGCCCGAGGUCACCAGAAGGAUCCUGGCGGAGUGGGGCUUUGUCUUGGAGUUACGUGGCGAAAUCUUUGUCAAGGGGGUGAGCGAGUGUCGGGGCAAGGUGCGCACCUACUUCAUCAGCACCGUGCGCAGCGAGCUGGCCAACACAUCCCCAGAUGGCCGUCAAGGCAGCAGGACCGGGGGACGCAUGACCCUGGCGGGAAUAGUGUUCAAUCUAGUCCAAGCCAGACACAAGGAGCAGCUGAGGGAGACCAACGGGGGGUUCACGCUGGCGCCCUGCACCCUCAAGUGCUGAUGGGCGGCCGGGUCGGGAGGCGGAAUUUGUAGCUGCCUUCAAUUCUACCUGUGCUUAAACAUCACUAAAUUCACCACACUGAAACUGAGCGGGUGGAUUACCAUAAA